AUGGCGGCGGCGGCGCUUGCGCCCAACGCCAGCGGAAUCAGGCCUGUGAAAUGCGACGCCUUCAAGAGCUGGCUGCAGGAGUACGCGCAGAAACUCGGCGUCGCGGCUCCGGAGUAUCACACCCUCAAGGAGGGGCCCUGCCACGAGCCCAUCUUCAAGUCCGCUGUCUUGAUCGACGGCGCCAAGUUCGACUCGCUGCCCGGAUUUUUCACCCGGAAGGCCGCAGAGCAGUCGGCUGCUGAAGUCGCCCUCAUGGAAAUUGUCGAGUCCAUCCCAACCAUUGGGAGAAUCCCAGCAGCUCUAGAAACUGGCCUCUGCAAGAAUCUUCUUCAGGAGUAUGCUCAGAAGAUGAAUUACAUUCCAUCUUAUAGCUUGACCAGACAAGCUUCAGGGAUAGCUCCUUUUACAUGCACCGUAGAGAUUGGUGGUAUACAAUACAUUGGUCCUGCAGCCAGGUCAAAGAAAGAGGCAGAGAUAAAAGGAGCCCGAACUGCUCUUCUUGCAACACAAGGUCAACUAGAGGGUCGCGGAAGUGGUGCCACAAAGCAUAUUGUAGUUCCUGGCAAAAGGCAAGUUAAGGAGACCGCGAAAAAGCCAAUUGAAAUCCCAAAACCACUUGAGGUGAAGAAAGGCGGUUUCAAGAAGAAAUGGAACAAGAGGAAGUUCAUGAAAAGGAAUCGCCAAGCAGUUGAUGUGGAAAAGAAUGAAGGAAAAAUGGCUGGAGAUGUCAUUAACCCAGUGUCCGGAUGCAUCCAACAAUCAACACAGGAGCCAUCCAGCGACACCGUAAUGCUGAAAGAUGAUGAGGAACCUAGUAAGGAAGCUAGAAGAGUAGUACAGGAGCCAGGCAGCGACGUUGUAAUGCUGCAACCUAGUAAGGAAGCUAGAAGAGCAGAACAGGAGUCAGGCAUUGCAGUGCUGAAACCUGAUGAGUUAGAUAGAAGAGUAGAACAUGUGCAAGGCAGUGACAUUGUGAUGCUGCCACCUGAUCACGAAACUAGAAGAGUAAAACAUGUGCCGGGCAGUGACACUGCAAUGCUGCAACGUACUAACAAAGCUAGAAGCGUAGAAUAG